AUGGAGCUGCUCGAGGUCAAGAACAGCCUGGCCCGGCACUGGCUGGCGGCGCUGUGCAUCUGCAGCGGACGAUGCGUCAUGGCGGCCGGCGGCGGCGCCGAGAGCCGCGCGUGGAGCGAGCAGUUUGCACAGAGCGUGCUGGAGUGGCUGCACGUGCCCGAGGCGGACUGGGCCGACCUGCGGGCCAUGCCGCACGGGGACGCAGCUAACGACAUGGCGCUGCUGAUGCUGCGGUGCAUGCGUUCCGACGAGGAGGCGGCCGAGGCAGGCGCUGGCGCCAGCGUGUCGCUGGAGGUGGCCAGCGAUCCGGACCGGCUGGCCGCAGGGCUGGUGCUGGCGUGCCUUGGACUCGGCUCGGUCCAGGCGGCCGGGGACAUCAAGGCGCUGGCGCCGGCCCGGGCCGGGACGCUGCCUCCGCUCAAGUACGACGCCCGCUCGCGCGCUGCGGCAUUUGCAGUGUGUGCGUGGCUGGAUCUGCCGAGCCAGCUCGUGGGCGCGCACGAGGCCCUCGUCGCCGGCAGGCUCGAGCGCGCGGCCGGCAGCGGCCAGCUGGGCGACGCCAGUGCGCGCGCGCUGAACGACGACCGGCGUCGCAAGUGGGGCUGGGGCAAGCGCCUGGCGGCCGGCGCCGGCGUGGUUGUCGCCGGCACCCUGGUGGGCGUGACGGCCGGGCUGGCCGCGCCGCUGAUGGCGGCCGGGCUGGGCGCCGUCGGCAUCGGCGGGCUUGGGUUCCUGGCAACCGGCGGCGGCGCCGCGAUGUUCUACUUCACGCAGCUGGCGCGUGGCCACACGCUGCACGCGACGGUGCUGGUGCCCGGGUUUCUCGCCGCCGCCGCCGCAGCGAGCCCGUUUGCGCCGGUGCGCGACGUCAUGGGCCUGGAUCUGGGCGAUGCGUACACGCUGUACUUCGAGCCGGCCGAGCUGGCCGCGCUGCAGGGCGCCGUGUCGCGCUUUGUCUCGUCGUCGGCCCGCAGCGCCGCCGUGUCGGCCGUGGUUGCGCAGACCGCUCUGGCCGGGCUGCUGGGCGCCUUCACGUGGCCGCUGGCCGUCCUCAAGCUCGGCCAGCUCAUCGACUCGCCGUGGGCCGUCGGCAUUGAGCGCGCGCGCCGAGCCGGCCGCCUUCUGGCCGACGUGCUGGAGAGCCACGCGCACGGCACGCGGCCUGUGACGCUGGUGGGCUACUCGCUGGGCGCGCUGGCGGUCGUCACGUGCCUGCAGGAGCUGCACAGCCGUGGGGCCUUUGGCGUUGUCGAGACCGCCGUGCUGCUGGGCGUGCCGGCCGACAGCACCGCCGCCGCCGCCUGGGCCGCCUGCUGCCACUGCGUCUCGCGCCGCCUUAUCAUUGGCCACUCGCGCAGCGACUGGGUGCUGGCUUUUCUCUUCCGCGCGUCGUCGCUGUGCGCCCGCCUCGCCGGGCUCGAGGGCCUGGCGCCUGCCGCGCUGUUUCCCGACAGCCCGCUCAUGCGCCGCAAGAUCGUCAACGUGGACCUGGGCGACAUUGUCUCUCAGCACGCCGACUACCUGGACCGGCUGGACGACAUUAUGCUCGAGGUGUCUCGCCACCUCUAA